CGGCAACUUGCUUAUAAAUUCAUUUCAAUGUCCCCACGAGUUUCCGCCCUCUUUAAAGCGUUGAUACUCUUGCGCUUCCCCUUUCUAAAGCCCUAGUUCUCCUGCCUCCCAAAACCCUAGCCCCUCAGUUGCUUCCCUCUCUCCCACUAUCACCAUCAUCCAUGGAGUUCUGGGGUAUUGAAGUUAAGGCUGGAAAGCCCAUUAAAGCAGACCCUGGUGCCAAUCAUGUCAUCCAUCUUUCCCAGGCAACACUUGGCGAGUCAAAGAACAAAGCAGAAUCUGUCACCCUCCAUGUAAAUGCUGAUGGGCAGAAACUCGUUCUUGGAACUCUUUCCCACCAGAAUUUCCCUCAAUUAUCUUUUGAUUUAGUGUUUGACCAAGAGUUUGAGCUCUCUCACAACUGCAAACAUGGAAGUGUUUAUUUCCUUGGUUACAAAACUUUUGUGCCGGAGGAAGGCACUGAUGAUGAAUUUGAUAUGUCUAGUGACGAAGAAAGUAGCGAGGAUGAGGAACUUCCUGUGGCUGCUGCAGAAAAUGGAAAAGCUAAGACAGAUGUAAAACCAUCUAAGGUUAAUGCUGGGAAACCUGAUGCUCUAAAACAAGCUGUGAAGAUUGAAGAACCAAGCAAUAACAAGAAAACUGAGGAUGAUGAUGAGAGUGAUUCUGAGGAUGAAAGUGGUUCUGAUGAGGAAGAUGAUUCUGAGGAUGAAGAUGAGUCUGAUGAGAUGUCUAUGGAUGAAAGUUCUGAUGAUGAGGAUGAGGGGACACCUAAGAAGGUUGAGGCAAGCAAGAAGAGACCUGCAGAAGCUGCUACCCCUGUUUCUGCAAAAAAGGCAAAAUCUGCAGCAACACCUCAGAAGACAGAUGAUAAGAAGGGUGGUCACACAGCAACACCUCACCCAUCAAAGCAAGCUGGGAAAUCUUCUGCAAAGAGUCCGAAGUCUGGUGGUCAAUUCUCUUGUGGAUCUUGUAACAAGUCAUUUGGCUCUGAGGGUGGUCUAGAAUCUCACAAAAAGGCCAAGCAUGGUGGCAAAUGAAUGCUGUAAUACAUAACAUGCUCUUAUGUUGUGUGCAUGUUUAAUUUUUGGGGGAGAGAUGUGUUCUUUUGUGGUUUUGGUAGAUUAUGCUUGUUAGUAAAUGAGGGGGUCUAUGGUUAACAAGACUUUGCGGAUCCUUACUUCUGAUUCGGCACUAUCAUUUUGGUUAUUAUCCUUGAAAGGGUUUAGAUUGUGAUGCUAUAGUUUAUGUGUUCUAUUCAUGUCGUUAUGCAUUUACAUGGUCUUAAAUGAAAGGUUCUUGUUUUUCAAAUUAUAUGUUAA